UUUAUUAAAGGAAGUGCGCCCAAAACAUACAAGCUGACAGAACGGGCCUUUCUGACUUUCUGUUCUAACCAACCAUAGAACAAGGUGACAAGUUAUUUCCAACCUUGAUAAUUAAGCUGGCAACCACUAUAUAUGCUAUCAGAAAAGGCGGGCAAAUCCAAUUGAUAUCCGGAGGAGGAUUGCAGGUCGGCUCCCAAUUUGGAAAUGAACUUGUCUUCUUCUUCCUCCAUGCUUGAAUGCUGUUGUUGUUGGAUUUUCUUAAAUAAAUAUACAUAGGCCCAUCACCAUGGCAGCCGCAAGUUGGAGCUGCUGAAAACUGUUUACUAAUCUUCCAACAGUUCUCAGAACCUACUGCAAUACAGUAAGUAAGACUGGUCAAUACCUUCAGUAAAAUAGUAUGAGGUUAAAACUGAACCUUUGUUUAACUUGGAGUCCACUUCUACAAAUCAAGAGCUGACAGUAAUUAAUUAAGCCAAGCCAGUGACAUCAGAGCCCAAGCGUGCAUCGGUGAGCCAUGAUGCUGCGGACCUAACUAGCACAUGCGCAGAGAUAAUCAAAGAAUUGUCUUGGAACAAAACACAGCCUUAAUAAUCUUGUCUCUCAUGCAUUGAGAUAUAAUACAAUGCCCUUACCAAUUGCCUAGCUGGGCCUAAGUCGGUACGGGAUUUGCAGCAGCGCCAUACUGUUGCUUCUUUGCUGUAGCUACAGAAAAAGAUUAGUUGGCGGACCUCCAAAAGGAAAAAAAGGUUGGUUGGCAACGGAAGGGAAGGACAAAGGAAUAAUAAGUAAGGGAAAGACAAAGGGAUAGUAAUAAGUAAGGGAAAGAAAGGCAGCAGUGCUGGUUGUCUAUGGGUUCUGCGACAGCGUGCUUGACAUGGUUCAGAAUGAUGAGAUGAGAGCAGCAGCUGCAGGAUCAGGACCCUUGUUCUAAGCUUUGGUUUAGUUUUCUAUCAACUUGCUUUUGCUAUUCAAGUUCCAUUUGCAGCGAAAAUUCAGUUCCCCUGCCACAGAAGAAGAAGAAAUAAAAAAUGACACAAAAAUGAUUCAAUUUGAACCACAUUUUUUUUCAAAAAGAGGAAAGUCGCCCGGCCUCUGCAACUUUGAACCACAUAAUAUAUUGGGUUAUAUUAGCAUUUGAAGUCAAGUGGAAUUUGAUCACUUAACCCAGAUUGGACGCCAAAAUGCUUUCGGCCUUAUUUGCAAACAGGGGCCCGACAAAGGAAACUGGCAACAGAAGUUGGCGAACCCAGCGCAAUUCGGAUCAAGCACUAGGCCUGCUCUACGAGAAAGGCCGCCCAUGGCCCGAAAGCCCAGACCGCCAAUAAUGCUUCGGCUUGAUCACUCUCCUUUCUUUCGCUUAAAGAAAAACUACUCUCUUUCUCUGUUAAAAAAAACUAGUUACUACUCCCUUUCUUUCUUAGCUUCUUUCUUUGCAGAGAAUACAGUGCUACUUGUACAGUCUGUUUCCUUCUGAACAGUGCAAUAACUCGAUGCACUCUCUUUUUCUUAAUACAGUACGGAGUACAGUACUACUUGUAUGGAUGUUUAUGCAAAUACACUAUCUGUACUGUAAUGGUUUGCGUAAUUCCCAGUUGACCGAGAUUUCUUUAGAUCUCAAUCAUCUCCAGUUGUGCAUUCUGAGAUUAGAAAGGCGGUUCCGGAAGGUGUGCAAUUUUAGCAAAAAAAUUAAUCUGCAUGUUGUUCUGUUCUGACCAUCCAUGGUCAACGCACAGAUCAACAACACACCAUGAGACAUGAGUACUAUUCCUCCACACCAUCCGCAUCCGAAAACUUAAAUUAAUUUAAUCGGGGUAAACGCUUACACAGAUCGAAGUUUUCACCGGUCAGCUACACAUGCGCUGAUGAGCUUAAAGACCGCGACAUCUGAAUGUUUAACGAUUUUUAACAUCGACAUCAGCAGUGAACAGAAGCAAGAACCAGCUGCAAAUGCACCUACAGAUAUACAUUUAUACGUAUCUUUCUUUUAAGUUCGCUCCAUGGGGGGGGGGGGGGGGGCAAAAUACAUAAAGAAACCAGGGUUGACAUUUUGCCUGUUCAUACUGAUACUCCACUACUAGUCUCUUUCGAGCAGUUGCAACUUGCAGAGCUCAUCCAUGUUCAUCUCGCACAUAUAUGAGGAACCCAGCAAAUUGUUAUUAGCAUUUUUGUUGCUUAAUUUGUUGGUCAACUUUGCGGUGAGAUGGAUCCAGCCCGGAUCCAACGGCCGUUGACCUUCAAUCUGAUGAUGCAUUCUGCACGUAUCUUGGUAAUAGUAUAUAUGCAGGUUACUGUAAGUAGUAUAGGCUGCAGCUCUGUCCCAAGCAUUUGACUUACGGUUCUCGUGUCCCUGCAAUGUGGGAGGAACGCAAGCUUGAUCCGGCGAUCGCCGUGGCGGCGGCCUUGCUCUGCGUGGCCAUGGCCAUGGCCGUCGCGGAGGCCAAAGGUAAAGAAGAGCCGGUGACGGAGCUGAUGAAGGGAUUCACGGCGGCGCAUUCCGCGGGGUCGUCGGCAGGGUUCGAGCCGGUGCUGCACGCGCCCAACGGCGCCUUCGCCUUCGGCUUCCUCCGCGUCGGCGAGAGCUCCCUGGACCUCGCUGUGGUCCACCUCCCGUCGUCCUUCGCGCUCUGGCGCGCCACGCCGGCCCGGACCGCGGACUGGGCGCGCCCCGCCACGCUCUCCUUCGACGACGGCCGCCUCGCGCUCUCCGUCCCCGGCCCCGGCAACGGCGCCCACUCCGUGCUGUGGAGCACCCUCAACAUCGUCGGCGACACCGUGGCGCUCCUCAACUCCUCCGACCUCGUCAUCCGGCGCUACGGCGGGAACAUCCGGACGCCGUGGCGCAGCUUCGACAAUCCGUCGAACACCUUGGUUGCAGGCCAGAACUUCAGCGGGGAGAGCUCUACCCCGCUCGUCUCCUCCAACCGCCGCUUCGCGCUGCGGAUGGAGAAGACGUUCAUGGCGCUGCACAUGGAGUUCUUCUUCAACGGCGGGGCGGCGCGGACGCGGCCGGCGUACUGGCGCUACACGGCCCGCGAGGCCGAUGCGCAGAACGCCACGCAGCCGCCCGUCUACGGCCGCGUCGACAUCCGCGGCUUCUUCGGGCUCUACAUCGAAGAGCAGAGCGUCGACAUGAUCGCCUUCGACACCUUCGUCGCCAAGAACCUGACGGCCGCCUUCCGCCGGAUGACGCUCGAAGACGACGGCAACCUCCGGGCCUACUACUGGGCCGAGGACUCCAAGGCCUGGGUCUCCGACUACAAGGCCAUCACGGACCAAUGCGGGCUUCCGACCUCGUGUGGGCCGUACGGGCUCUGCGUCCCCGGAGCCCCGGCAAAGGCCCAGUGCCAGUGCCUCGUCAACACCACUGACACGGCGGCCCCGCAGUGCAGGGCAGAGGAGACCGCAGAUCUCUGCGCCGACGGGGAGAAGAAGAAGCAGGUGGAAUUCGAGGUGGUGCGGCGGCGCAGGGUCUCGGUGGCGUACAAGGAGCAGCUGCCGCCGGAGACGAACAAGACGGCGGCGGAGUGCGAGGAGUCCUGCGCGGCGGACUGCGGAUGCUGGGGCGCGGUGUACAGCGGCGGGAGCGGCUACUGCUACCGCCUGGAUUUCCCCGUGGAGACGCUCGUCUACGAGGAAGACGACCAGAAGAUGGGCUACUUCAAGGUCAGGAAGCCCCAGCGAGCGCGGCGGCGGGGGAUGUCGCCGGGGGCGACAGGCGCGACGGUGGCGCUGGCGCUGGUGCUGGCGGGGCUCGCCGUGGCCGGGGCGUGGGAAGGGCACCGGCGGCGGUGGAGGUGGCGGCGGGAUGACGGCGGCGGUGUGGGGAUGGAGCAGGAGCUCACGCCGGGGUCGUACAAGGACCUCAAAUCCAUGGACAGCUCCAACAACUCGUUCAAGGCGUGAAUUUGAUCAGCGAUCCAUGGAUGGAGGGAAUUAAGGGACUAUUGAUCGAUCGAUUGAAUCCGGCGUGUAUAUGAUUGAAUGAACUGAUCGAUCGAUGAUGCUCUGGUUCUUGAAGCUACAUCAUCAUCCGAGAUGCGAGCUGGCUCGAUCGAUCGGUCAGUUCUUGCGCCUUGCUCAAAUAUAUACGGACCUUGGAGCAAGUAUUUAAUGGCUGCAGAUUUGCUAUGCUAAUUGCAGAAUCACAGGGUAAUUUUUUUGCCUGGGGAUUGAUUGUCAACCAUUGUAUAGGUUCUCCGUUUCCAUGCAACAGUAACAGAGUAACAGCGUAAGUAUGCAAUGGCCAAGGACGAAAAUAGACUGAUCAAACUGUGAAAG